AUGGAGCGGGCAUCUUCAGAACCACCAAAAGAAGGUGGAGUAGCAUCUGGGAAUCCCUUUUACUCCAGGAAGGUUCAAUUAGCAUGUGAGGUUGAGUCCCUACGACCCAAAGGUUUGCCAGAACAUUCCCCGGGUUCCGACUUUCAGCCGCUCAGCAACGACCGUGCAGCCACUGGGCAGUGUGUGGGGAAGGGUCGUGGAGGGCAGACGUCGGGCAGAACAACAACAUGCUUUUUGACUCCGCCGAGCAAGCCGCUUGGAAGUGAUCGGGAAACUGGAGUGCGAAGGUCUGAAGGUAGAAUGCCUGAAGAAGUAGAAGCCAAACAAACAAUGGGGAAACUGAAAACUGGUGAUGAUGCGAAGUUUUCUGAUCCUGAAAGUUUACAGCGGGCCUUAGAGAUUGAGGUGGUCUCACAGCUGAGGGAGCAAAAUGCACGACUGAUGGAGGAGUUAGAAACCUAUAGACAGUUGAAGCAUACCCCAAAGUCUGGUGAUGGGUCUUCUCAAUCCUGGGUUGAAAUUCGAGAUGUGCAGAGUGGUGAUGGAAUAGAUGGCCAGGGUUGCAAAACACCUCGGAACACUGUCAAUGUGGGGAAUUCGGUGAGAUAUACCCCAAAUGGCACCCAAGUUCCAACUGGCACACCACCGACAGAUGAGCGUCCGGAGCCUCCUGCACAUGUGUCUGUGCCUCCAGUGCCGCCGUUUCCAACUGGGGGGUCCAGCCUUCAUCCAAACCUGGGUUCAGUCAACAUGUCACCUGGAGUACGGGGGAUGUUCCAGCAGAUCUGGGACGGGUUGACCCUGACCGGGCUGAAGCGAUCAGCAGAGCGUUUCCUGGUGAUGUAUGCCAUCAAGGUCGGGCUGGCAGUUUUGGCAGUGUGCAACAUAAAGAUUGCGAAGGUCACUUGCUUGGCGGAAGUGGUGAUGUAUGUGCACAAGCUCGGGCUUUGGGCACGCCGUCUCUUCAUCAAGGUGUAUGCCAAGAUGGUGUAUGCCACGACGAUCGAGCUUUGGGCACGGUGCAACUUCAUCCAGGUGUAUGCCACGACGAUCGGGCUUUGGGCACGGUGCAACUUCAUCCAAGUGUAUGCCAUGACGAUCGGGCAUCUGGGCAUCACUGACAAGAAUGCAAGGUGUUGGAACUGCGGUUCAAAGGCCCACAGAAAGCAGGAUUGCCCUGUGAAAGGAGGUGGAUCAAGACCCAAGGACGAAACCAAGGUGAACGAGAUGUCAAAUGCCACUACAUCCACGACAUCCACGACGGCAUCACCAGGAGAGUUGAAGUCUGGCAAUCCUGGAAGCGAAGGUGAUGACAUCGCCAAGAGCCUUGGAGAUGGAGGAACGGGAGGUGAGCAAGCAGUGAAGAAUGAAAAAACGGCUGAGCUUCUUCAUGAAGCGACACAGCUGUUAAAGACUCUUCGUAUCCCGCCGAAGCUCAAUGUGAUGCGGAUCAGCGAGCUGGAUCGUGGACGACAAGAUCUAGUUUUGGUGGACUCUGGUGCAACUCAUGCUUUGAGGCCGGCCAGAGACGAUGGUGAAUGGGGCAAUGGUCAACCAACCACUGUGAUGCUGGCUGAGGGGUCAACCAACAGAUUCCGCCUCAAGCCAGGUACCAGGAUCCUCUUGUCAGAUCCUGGAGCUGCGCAGGCAUGGAUUGUGCCAAUGGGUGGUCUAGCUGAUCUGGACUUCACCAUGCAGUGGUCUGGCAAUCAAUGUCAACUACGAGAUGACGAAGGCCGCGAGAUCGAGGUGCUGGUUCAGCAUGGAUGUCCAAUGAUCUCAUUGGCUGAUGGACAGCGUGUCUUGGAGUGGCUGGAGCUUUUUCAAGUACAUCAACAACGAAAGAUGGCCAUGGUGAAAACGUUCAUCAAAAACCCUGAAGAUCUGAAUCCUCUGAAGUUGGGCCUGGAGUUGGCCAUGACGGUGAAGCUUCAACAGCUGUUUCCAGGUGUCCCUGAGGAGAUCAUGAUGAAGUUGGUGCCACGUUUAGAGGCUGUGAAGUCUGAGAUGUUUGGAAGUAUGCUGCCAUGGAACAGGCACAAGCGAAGAAGGCUUCAAAAAGCAAAACAUGUGGUGCUACAUGUUUUCUCAGGUGACAAUCCACAGUACUGGGAGCGACAGCUGAGCACAGCCAACACCGAAGUUCUUUGCGUCGAUCUUCAAGGUGGGUGCCAUGCAAAUUUGCUGGACAAGCAUGUGUAUGGGUUCUUGCUGACGAUUGCGGCAAACUGCGAGCUCUACUUGGUGGCCCUCCGUGUCGUACAGUGUCAGCUUUGA